AUUGGAUUGUUUACAUAUUUUCUUACACUAAUUGAACCUUGUGAAUUAAAUAAUAAGCAUAAGUUUUCUGUCUUGUCUAAUGAAUGUGAAUUGAGUUAUUGUUUUUUUAUUUUCUAAAUUGGUUUACUAUAAAAUAAAAAUGAUAGAUACUUUUGUUCAAAUAGAAGAAUGUAUCAAUAAUUGUUUAAUAAGUAAACUUUCUACACCAUAUAAUGAGAAAGAUUUCCACUCUGAGUAUCAAGUAAGGAAUAACAAAUUGGAGCAAAAUUUUCCUAAACUUUUAGACUUAAUUGAAAAUGUAGACUUCAGGCAACAUCCAGAAAUAUGUUCAAGUACAUUAUAUUCUCUUUUUAUAUUAUAUAUGGAAUUAAGAACAGAAGGUCCAUGGAAUACAGAAAAUAUUAAAGCCCAGGAUUAUCCAACAAAAUUAAACUGUGCAUUUGAAAACAAGUAUAAUUUAAAAUUUGAAGAUAUUCUGCUAAAAGAUGACUUUUACAAAUCACAAGAAGUCUUUGAUAAAUGCAUUAAGGAAUUGCACCAGAAGAUGACAUUGGAUGACUUCAAGAAGUAUCCUGGUCUUAUUGAGGUCUACUAUUUGAUAAUUAGCAAUGUUGAGAAAUACAAUGUUAUGUUGAACCCGGUGACAGUAAUGCCUGUGGCUUUGCUCCUGGUAGACGAUUACAUUACUUCUAAUAAACUGAAGGGAUUGGAAUGUUGUUUAUUGAUUCUGGAGUGUUUGAAACCAAAUUGUUUCUCAACGGGAAAUUACUAUGUAGUUAUAUACAUGAGUUUUAAGAAGAACAUGCAUGAGAAAGAUAUUGAUGUGACAAAGGCUCUGUUUAAAUGUUACCCAUGCUUCUUGCCCAAACUCCCAUUAGAAGUGAAGAAAGCAAAGUUGGAUGAUGUAUAUUCAGGAAUCCUUGAUCAAUUGAACAUUGAAACCAACUUACAUAGAAAAGUUAUUUGCUUCCACUUCACAACCAAAAUGAUUGAAAUGCACCAAAUACAUUGUGCCAAGAAGAGGAUUUAUAAGGAUAUCAUCCAUGACAGCUUAGACAUGUGUACUACUAAUGUAGCUGUUUAUGAUAUACUAUUUAUACCUGCGUUUGAGUGCCUGCUAGCUUGGAUAAGAAAUUGCUGGUGCACCUGGAACUUAGUAUCAGACCAGAAAAUAUUGGCUGUGUUGCUGAAAGUUCUCUAUGUGACCAGAGAUGAAAAAACAAAGCUACAAAUCCAGACUUUGAUGAUAACACUAAUUAGUUUGUGCACUUUAGAAGAACAGCACAUAAUAUACAACAACUUGGACUCAACUCCUGUGUCAUUACACCGAGACAGAGAUAUCAUGUUGAGGAUCAAAAUACUAAAAGAAAGUAUGAGAAUUAAUUAAAACAGUAUUUUAUUCCAAAAAUAAAAUUUCAAUAAAGUAGUAUGUCUUAGAAAAAUCUUAGGUUGUACUUGUGAUGGGCAGAGGAUAAAUACUCAGAGGAUAAAAAGGAAUAAACUUGAGUGUCUUAACUGAUUAAUCCCCAAGCAGUCACUGGUGACCGCUUACCACUAACUCCAUUAACGACUUUAUUUCCAAUGUUUAGAGACUACUUUUGUAUGAACAAAUUUUGGGGAUUAAUAUCAAAUAAUAUAAGAGUUUUUAAAAAAUCGUUAUUGAUAAAUUGAUAUUACUUACUGUGUAUUUAUCUGGUUCCCAACACACAUAGUGUAUCACAUAUAAUAGAUUACACCAUUUUUAAUAUUCAAUUUUAAAAAAUAAUGUCACUUACCUAAUCUACUUACAUAAUAUUAUAUGAAAGUACUCUGUAUCUUAAAUGUCAGUUGAUAAAAUAAAUGUUUAGAAAGUACUAUACUAUUAAGUUUUUUAAUCUCAUUUUAAAUGAAAAUGUGUAUAACAUUAUAAGAUACUUAUUAACAAAUAUUAUCCUUACAAACACUUCACUACUAGUGAAACAACAUAAUUAUUAUCCUUAAGAAGAUUUAUCACAUUUUGAUUUUUUAUUAAUUGCACCAUUUAAACUAGAAGUAUUGGUUAAUGAGUUGAAUAAAUUUAAUUUGCGCAAAUUUCAUCAAUCAUAUUGCAUACUUCAUCAAUAGUCGGCCUUUGGUUCUUGAAAUGUUGCAAGCACCGUUGAGCUACUAUGAAUAUAUCCUGAGCUUUUGUCCAAUUAGAAAUUCUCUUGUCUACAAGUCUAGUAAUAUCAUUGUCUUCACAGUUUUCUUCAACAUAGGAUUUUAUAUUGUUACUUUCACCAUUCUCAAUUACAAUUGGUUUCAAACCAGUUAGUAGUUCAAGUAGCACUAUGCCAAAACUAAAGAUGUCAUUUUUCUGUGUUACCGUACCAGAGAAGCCCUCAGGUGCCAUGUACGCCGAGGUUCCCAUCAUAGACUUGGUAGUGAUAAAGGUUGUUUCUAAUUGUUUAGCCAAGCCAAAGUCGCAAAGCUUAGGCACACAGUCUUUAGUUAGCAAUAUAUUAGCACUUUUGACAUCACCAUGAAGAAAAUAACUCUUCCUAGUGGAUAGACCUGAUUGAGUUACACUGUCAUCAAAUUGUGGAGGUCUCUCACUAUGAUGGAUGUAUUUCAGACCUUCUGCUGUACCCUUUAUUAUAUUCAUUCUUUCAUUGACUUCUAGUACUCUUUCUUGAAUAUUGUAUGAGAGUGAGCCGCCAUCAAUGUAUUCACACACAAUGCAUGGUGUAAUUCCAUCUAUAGAGUAUCCAAAGAUGGGAACAAUGUUUUCAUGUCUUAAAAGAGACAGAGCCUUUACCUCAGUAUUAAAUACUUUCAUAGCAACUUCACAGCUUAUCUGGAAAUGCAUUCUCACUCUCUUUAUAGCUAAAAGACCAUGUUUUCUGUGUCUACCAACAUACACCUCUCCAAAUCCACCGCUACCUAUUUUCCCAACAGGUCCCACAGGAUCGUCAAUAAAGUUAUCAGAAAACUCAUUAGUUAUAGCUUCUAAUUCACUGUAAUCAAAUUGAACUAGAUUUUUGUCUGCCAAAAUAGCAUUAUCUAUAACACUGUAUAUGUUGGGCACAGAUGACAAGUUGCCACCAGAAGUGUAUUGGGAAUAACUAUUUUGUGGGGUGGAGUUAAUUUGAGACGAGUCAGGUUCAGUUGAGACUGUAGUAGCAGUCACUGAAGAUAUUGUUUUGGAGUCACCUUCAGCUUUGGGUAUCAAAGCACUGAAGUCUGGAAGUUCUGCUGAAGCCAUUACUUUAGAGCUUGAAAACUUAAUGAGAUCUGACUGUUCUACUAAUGCAGUACUUCUGUCACCAAAUGUUUGCAGUGCACUAAGAUUGGGUAUAUCUUUACUUAGUAUGGUUUCAGAAAACUUAAUCAAAUCACUUGGUUCUUUCAGCUGUCUUGUUGUGUGAUUACAAAUUGCUUGGUCAUGAUCAGAGUUGUGUGGAUUUCCACUGUCUACUGUAGCUGUGGUAUUUGCUGUUUGAUCACCACUUUGUUCAUUUAGAAGUGCUGAUAUAUUUGUUGUAAUAGGGGCUCCUGGGCCAUCACUUGGCCUGGGUAGAGGUGGCUCGCCUAGCAUGAGUGAUAUUUCAUCGACAGCUCUAAAUAUUUCGGCCUUGUAUAAGAUCAUCAUGAGAGUUUCUAAAGUUGGUCUAACCCUGCCGGAGGUACCCCAUUCAUCGAAUAAUACCUCAGCAAACUUCCUGUUUGUGUCUUCGGCAUGUUUUUCCAUUAAUCUCAUAUGUUCAUAGUUAUAUUUACGCUCAAAAUUAUCAGCAGUCAAGUCUUUCGGUAUGAGGGGCACAACUUUUUGCCAGUCUUUAUUAAUUUCCAAAAUAGUAGCCAAGUUAUACAAGGAGGCUGCAGGUAAUUUACGCAAUUCUAUAUGCCGUUGCAUUUUGGAAGUGUUCACCAUGAUUAGUCUUAUUAAUUAUACUUCUUGUGUGAAAUUCACUACGACCUGUUAUAAAAAUGUUAUUUUGCACUUGGAUUUUUCCGAUAGAUUAUAACUUUAUGAAGAAAUAUCGCUCGAAACUUCGGAUUCGGAAGUUGUUUAUCGACUGAUAGUGACAGUGACA